AUGAACUUUUUGGUGCUCCCCAAGGUCACUGUUAACAUUCCAACUGCUACAGUGGACACUACUGGAUGGAAAAUACCACAAGGAAUCGAAUUGGCCGAUCCUUCCUUCCUCAUAUCCCAACCUGUUGAUAUCAUACUCGGUAUCGAAUUCUUCUUCGACUUCUUCCAUGGGGGAAGAAAGAUAGCAUUGGGUGAUCACUUACCUGCCCUGAAUGAUUCAGUUUUCGGAUGGGUGGUGUGUGGCGGUGCAAGACUACACAUAAAUUGCAAUGCAUCGACUUCAAAUAAUUUAGAAUCGCUAAUGAAACAAUUUUGGUCCUGUGAGGAAGUUGGUUCGACGUCAAACUAUUCACCAGAAGAGGCACGAUGCGAGGAAAUAUUCACUGAUACGGUUCAGCGUGACACCAACGGUCGUUAUACCGUAUGUUUACCCAAGCACGAAGGCAUUGUGGAUCAAUUGGGAGAUUCAAAGGAAAUAGCGCUUCGCCGUCUUCAGGCAACGGAACGACGAUUGGCACGAGAUGUUGAAUUGAAAGAUCAAUACACUUCUUUUCUAACGGAAUAUUGUCGUCUAGGUCACAUGGAGAAGGUAACUGAUAACGGAGAAAUCAAACGUUGCUAUCUAAACGUUGCUAUCUACCGCAUCAUCCGGUGGUCAAGGAGUCGAGCAGCACCACUAAAGUACGCGUGGUCUUCGAUGCUUCUUGCAAAACUUCUACGAAUAUUUUUCUCAAUGAUGCACUUAUGA